UACGCUUGUUGCGUUCUCCAGGCUCACAAUUCAAGUAAGAGCCGACGUUGCGCUGGCUUACGGUGGGUAAGUACGCGUCGUAGCGCGUAGCCGGUGGUACAAGAGGUCUCAUCAUCUGAUCGGUGCCAAGGUUGGUUGCGUUCGACUCUUAUCCGUCGUCAGCCUCACAGGUGCUUCGCUCGUCGAGCUCACGGCGAUUUUCACGGACUAUCAACUCAACUCAGUCGUUGCGAACAUACGCCGACGGCCGCUGUUGUAUAGCUAGUCGAGUCAUUCCUGAUCUCAAGAUCAGCAGUUAUCGCCCCCCCUCACACUAUCCACCACCAUCUCAUGUCCCCCAUCCACAUCGACGAGACUACGGGCUCGGACGCCACGGGUACUGGGGCGCCGGAUGCGCCUUAUCAGACGCUCGCGUACGCGGUGUUCAAGUCCGCGACGGACGCCAAGUUCCUCACGCGCAAGGACGCGUCUGCGCCGUACGACGAGCCAACACAGUCCGCGCUGAAGAAGGCGAAGAAGGGCGCAGAGGGCCUCGAGAAGAAGCGCAAGAAGGCGGAGGAGCUCGCGGAGAAGGCAGCGGCGGCGCAGGGCGCGGAGAGCGAGAAGCGCGAAAAGCAGCUGGAGGAGAGCAAGAAGAUCGUGCUGAGCGAGGAUGCGGCGCUGCCGACGGCGAUCAAGAGCAAGAUCGGGAACCUGGAGCCGUUGAGGACGAAGCGCGUGCGGGUGUCGGGCUGGGUGCACCGGUUGCGCGACCAGAAGGGCAUCAAGUUUAUCAUCCUUCGCGACGGGACUGGGUAUCUGCAGGCUGUACUGUCUGGCAGAGUGGCAGAAACGUACGACGCGCUCACGCUGACACUCGAAUCGACGGUUGAGCUUGUGGGCACGCUCCAGGCGUUGCCCGAAGGCAAGACGGCACCGGGCGGCCACGAACUGUCCGUGGACUACUGGAAGGUGCUGGGCGCGGCACCGGGUGGCGAGGACGCGUUCACGAACAGGGUUAACGAGAAAUCGGACCCAUCCAUCCAAGCCGAUCUGCGCCACCUCGUCAUCCGCGGCGAGACCGCGUCGACGACGCUCCGUCUGCGCUCUGCCCUGCUGAGCGCGAUGCGCGAGGUGUUCGCGCGCCACCACAUGCUGGAGGUGACGCCGCCGUGCCUGGUGCAGACGCAGGUGGAGGGCGGGGCGACGCUGUUCAAGCUAGACUACUACAACCAGCCGGCGUUCCUGACGCAGAGCUCGCAGCUGUACCUCGAGACGUGCCUCCCCUCGCUCGGGGACGUGUACUGCGUGCAGGAGAGCUUCCGCGCGGAGAACAGCAACACGCGCCGGCACCUGAGCGAGUACACGCACCUCGAGGGCGAGCUCGCGUUCAUCACGUUCGACGAGCUCAUGACGCAUCUGGAGGCGAUAAUCUGCGAGACCGUCGACAUCCUGCUCGACAACCCCACGACCGCGGCCCUCGUGAAGCAGCUGAACCCCGGCUUCAAAAAGCCCGAGCGCCCCUUCCUGCGCAUGCCGUACGUGGACGCGAUAGCGUGGCUCAACGAGCACGGGAUCCUGCACCCCGAGGAGGACGCGGAGGGGAACCCGAUCAAGGACGAGUCCGGGCAGGUCAAGCUCGUCCCGCACGUCGUGGGCGACGACAUCGCAGAGGCCGCCGAGCGCCAGAUGACGGACAUCAUCGGGAAGCCGAUGUUCCUGCACUCCUUCCCUGCCGAGCUUAAGGCGUUUUACAUGAAGAAGAUCCCGGGCGGCGACGGGAAGCAUGUGUUCACGGAGAGCUGCGACCUGCUGAUGCCGAAUGUGGGCGAGAUCGUCGGUGGGUCGAUGAGGAUUGCGGAUUUGGACGAGCUGUUUGCGGGCUACAAGCGUGAGGGAAUCGACGCGGCGCCGUACUACUGGUACACCGACCAGCGCAAGUACGGCACUUGCGAGCACGGAGGCUAUGGUGUUGGAAUCGAGCGCUUGCUCGCAUGGUUGGGCAACCGUUAUACUGUUCGCGAGUGUUCUCUGUACCCGAGAUGGCCGGGUCGCGCGACGCCUUAAUUGUAUCGAUCAAGUGUUGUUGUUGUACUUAUUUAGAUGCCUCAAAUGUUCCUCCAAGUCCUCUGCACGGCUGCCAUAUGGGAUUCUCACUUUACUCCAGCCUACGCGUUGCG